UAUUUUCAUUGCGUGGGACUACAUGAGGAAUUUCCUGACAGAUGCAAUGGCGUUCACACGCAUUUUAUUCGUCCUUUUCGUGCAAUUUAUGACGUUUCUCCAAGUAUUGGGGGAUGAGAUGAAUCCGAAUGAAUUCCUAAAACGAGAACAUUCUCUCAUGCGUCCUUACACUGGAGCUGGAGCUAGUCUCCCCAUGUGGGAUAUCAUGGGGAACACAAUGGUAACCAAUAGUUACAUUAGACUAACCCCGGACCAUCAGAGCAUGAGGGGAGCUGUGUGGAACCAAGUGCCAAACAAGUCGCCCAAUUGGGAGUUACAUCUUCAUUUUAGUGUUCAUGGAUCGGGAAAGACAUUAUUUGGGGACGGCUUUGCUAUUUGGUACACCAAAGAGCGUAUGAAAGAUGGUCCUGUAUUUGGAAACAUGGAUUACUUCACUGGGCUAGGUCUAUUCUUUGAUACAUACAGCAACCACAAUGGCCCACACAAUCAUGCACAUCCAUACAUCUCAGCACAGAUAAACAAUGGCACUCUUCACUACGACCACGACAGAGACGGGACACACACAGAGCUGGAUGGGUGCCACGCCCCUUUCAGGAACAAAGACCAUAACACACAUGUCGCAAUCAGAUACUUCCAGAAUAGACUAACAGUAAUGAUGGAUAUAUCUGGUGAGGGUAAAUGGCAGCAUUGUGUUGACCAGGAAAGGAUUAUCUUACCAACAGGAUAUUACUUCGGAGCAUCCGCUGCUACCGGGCAAUUAGCAGAUAAUCAUGACAUCCAUUCUGUAAAAGUUUACGAGCUUGAAAGUGUCGAUUUAGAUAAAAACACAGAUUACAGCAAGCUGACACCAUCAGCACAGUACUUUGCUCCACCUAGAGAUCAUGUUGACGAUCCUCAAGGAGCGUUUAAGAAUGCCACACUGAGCUGGAAAAGAAUGUUUCUCAUUUUAUUUUGUAUCAUCUUGGGAAUCGCAGUCUGUAUCAUCGUCGGUGUAGUUGUGUUCCAGAGGAAACAGGAUUACCAGAGGAAACGCUUUUAUUAGAUAUUUCUUUCUUUUUUUAUAUAACCAUGAACUUUUUUCAAGAGUUGCAUAUGUGUUUGUUUGUCAUUCCAUGUUUACGAUGUUGGGCACGAUUUGGAAUUCAUUUCAUGAUGAACCUCAGCAGUAUGUGGGAGUUUCGGGUGUACAUCAAUAUUGUCUUGCUGGGGGUAUGACAUCAUAAACAUGCUUUCUGUGUUCAUUACGGCACACACAAUAAUAAUCAUACCUUCUUAUCCCGUCAUUACAAGGUGGACACCGGUCUCAUCCAUUGACUUUCAAAAAAGGACCCUAAAUGAGUAAUCUUACUUUGAACUCAGAGCCCUCUGAACAACUACAUGUAGUUUGUCAUGUUUUUCCCACCCUAAGUAAUGUUUCACAUCUCUAUUUUCUUGAUGGGGUGAAACAUAUUUCCACACGUCAUACACACAGGACUGUUGUAAAGAAAAUGCAUCUUGAAUGAUUUUGACAAUUCGAUCUCCUUUUCACUGUAAGUGUGAUAGUGAUAAACAAUUCUUACAUCCUUUUGUAAAAAGCGUGGUGUCCACCUCGUUAUGGCAGUAGUAAUAGAUUUCCAUGGUAGUAACCACAUUGACAAAGUUAUAAUAAUCAUAAAUUCUUUGUGAAACCAACCCAUGGGUAUACUCAGUGUCUCAAGGUGCCUAGUUUCACUGAUUAUUAAGAAUGGUAACAGAAUUCAGCCAAUGGCGUGUUAACAUUUACCUUGAUGACAUCUCCCUUCUAUAUGAACGGUUUUUGGCUUUUCUUGUGAGAAAUAGAGGGAACAUGCUGCAAAACUUGUUUUCAUUGAUGUUGUUAUACUAUUUAAAGUGGCAACCAUAACUUAUUUUUUUUUAUAUGUUAGUAAUAAUUCACGAUAAUGGUGCAGGCGUUAGCUGAAGUAUUAUUAGCCUUUAUCUUCCUAGCCCCUGACAUAUCGUAAUAAAUCAUUUUAUACUCAGUCAAGAUAAGCUCAAAAUUUUGACAAUAUUUAAGGUUAGAACUGAAAAUGAGAAUUUCAGUUAAAGGACCAGGUGAAAACGAGUAUUAUUGAACCAGGAUUGGUUGAAGGUUCCAUGGGGUUCCAGUUAGGUGUAAGUGGGGUUAAUUAGAUUAUUUGGUCUAUAUUGGGCAUUUCUCUGUUUAUUUUUAAUACUGAAACAGCGAUAUAUGUAUAACAUUACAAUAAUAAUAAUAGUAGGCAUUUAUAUUGCACCGUCUAUGUAGAAAUAUUCUAUUCCUAGGCACACAAGAAACAUAGAAAGAAUAAAUAUCUUCUGUGAGAAUUUAUAUUCUUGUUUAUUUAGCAAGAUCUAGGUCCCCAUAGCAUAGCCUUGUCCAAGAUAUGUUUACGUGUACCAAUCCCUUGUAUGUAGAGGGAAGAUAAGUAAAUAUUUGAUCAGUAUUAUUCUACAUAAAAUCAUAAGUUUUCCAUCUGAUACAUGUACCUAUGUUCAUACAAUGCUUUUAAUGUCCGGCUACUGAUAGAGAUGAUGAUUAUUGGCAACUAUUAUCAUAUAUAUUCUCGGAAAACCUUUACUGUAAAAUCAAAUCAAUUAUUUCUCCAUUCUCAUCAAUUACUUAAAAAUUGUCAAGGUAUUGUAAAUAAAAUGCAAAUGACAAAUUUUUAUGCAAUUUUCCAAGAUUUCAUAUAUGAUGAGUACCAAGUGAACAUCAACUCGACUCAGUUUGCCUCAUUAAACUAGAUAUUUUUUCACAUCCUCUCAAACUUGUUUAUUCAUUUGCUAUACUGAAAUGUGGUUCCUUUUAGCUCUAUCAUAUAGGAUAACUUCUCACAAUAGUGUGAGAAAUCAUUUAAAAUGAGAGAGGUAAAACUUAAUUCUUAACUUUCCUUCUGUGAUUAGGGAUACACACUACAAUGAUUCCUGGUUGAGAGUAAUUUUAUACAGCUCUCGGAUAGUUGCGACUUAUCUUGGGGCACAAGUUUAAUGUUUACUGUCUGUAGAAAAGUUGAAGUUGGGAUAAAAGACAAACCAGAUAGAAGUACAUGUACUGUGUAAGUUGGUUCACUAAACCCACAUGUUACGCACUGCAACACAUCUACAUGGCACCUCGCUCUGAUACACAGAAUGUUUUCAUCCCGGGAUAGCUUAGGAGCUGCCGAACGGAUUAUCAUUCAAGGUUCACCUAUGUGAAAACAGAUCCUUUAUCGUUGGUGAUUAAUGUGAAUCUUUGAUAUGAAAAUGGUAUAGUUACGAUAUUUGAAUUUUAAAAGAAUGUUGAUAUGUAAAGUGUUUUAUCAAUGUAUUUUUAACAGUCACUCAGUGCUCUUGUGUAAUCAUCAACCUUGGAAAGUAGAUUCAUUGGUGGUCAAAACUUUGUGUAAGUCAAUGAUAGAGUCCCGUAAAUCAAAAUUGUUUAACUUUUUUAACCCGUCUGUCACAAAUCUUCAUUUUCUACAAAAUAAGGUUGACUCUACUUUUGUUUCUUCAACUCAUAUUUGAUGCGCUACUUAAUUGAUUCAUUUAAAUGGAUCACAAAAUUAACCUGUCCUAUUUAUUUAGCAAAGUUAAGAAAUGGUUCAGAAUUUA